GCCAGAGCCAAGCUCUUCCCCGAAAUGUCUCAGCUUCAGCAGCGCAGCUUGCCACUCUCCAUCCCAGGUUUCCGGACCGGACAGACAGUGGGGAUAAAACGGGCCUGGAGAGUCUCAGGAGCCACCGGCCUGAGGAGCCUAGCGCCUACCGCCUCUGCGCUCUCGGCUCCUGCUGGCACCUCCGCGACAUGAGCCUCGGAGCCGCCCCCCGCCCCCGGCCCCGCCCGGGGCUGCUGCUCCUGGGACUGCUGCUCCUGGGACUGCUGCUCCUGCCAGCCGUGGUCUCCCUCGCCAGCGCAGAUCCUGAAGGAGGAGAUGGAGACCUGCGCUGCGUCUGUGCGAAGACCAGCUCCCAAGUCCGUCCCAAGCAAGUCAACAGCUUGGAGGUGAUCAGGGCCGGAGUCUACUGUCACACCCCACAACUGAUAGCUACCAUGAGGAAUGGGAGGAAAACUUGCGUGGACCCGCAGGCCCCCGUGUAUAAGAAAAUAAUCAAGAAAAUUUUGGAGAGUCAGCUAUCAGCUGCCUGAAUCUGUACAUUUGCUAUAUAACGUGUUUUGUUUUGUUUUUUUCAUUUUCAAUCUGUGGAAAAAUCUUCUGAUGUUUUUAUUAUCCUUUAAAUUCUAAAUAAAUAAAAUAAAUCAAGUU